CUGCAUAAAUCAAUUGACGUUUCUUCAGAUUAUCUCGAGAGUGAUGGUUUAGUAACUGUAAAUUACACAAUACACAUGCAAUGCAGUACUUGGUCGUUUUGAGUCAUGAAAUAUCAGAUGAAAUUUAACUUAUAAAAUAUCAUCUUCAUUCAAUUAUACAGAAUUAACCUUCCUGCAGUUUCAAAUAGAUAUAUCCAUAAAAUCAUCGAGUCGUGAGGAACAAAUAGAAUGUUGUAUUCAGUUUUAUCAACUUUAAAUGUCCAAACAGUUCUAAUUGGAUUACUAGUUUUACUUGUUGUAUACAAACUCAGACAAAGAUUGAAAUAUAAUAUGCCUCCAGGACCAUUUUGCUGGCCUCUGAUUGGAAGUUAUGAAGCUGCCCAAGCUACAUUUCUGCAUGAAGUAUUUGAAAAAUAUACAAAGAAAUAUGGACCAGUCUUCACUGUUAGUCUAGGACCUUAUCAGAUGGUUGUUUUAAACGAUAUCAACAGCGUCACAGAAGCAUUGGUCAAAAGAAAAGCUGAUUUUGCCAACAGACCAUUUUUUCAUUCAGUUGAUCGGUUCACCGAGGGAGGUAAAAAUAUUGCUUUUGCGAAUUAUACACCAACAUGGAAACUGCACAGAAAAAUUGCGGGAAAGGCAUUAAGGCAAUAUAUGAUUGGAAAUCAUUUCGAAGCAGUUCUUCAUGAGUCAAUGAAUAAAUGCUUGCCCUUAAUGGCAAAAGAAACCGGAGCAUUUAAUCCAGAAAAUUACAUAGAUCUAAUGGUGUUCAAUAUUCUUAAUGCUGUGUGUUUUGGGAAAAGUGUUGACCUAGAUGAUCCUGAAUUUGUGACAUUUAUGAAAAUUGACCAUGAAUUGUCAGAAAUGACAGGGAAAGGUUUCGUUGAAGACAUGUUCCCAAUUAUGUAUAAAAUAUGGACAACAAACAAGUACAGAACGGUUACCAAAUUGGCGGAUGAACUUGUUUCUAUAGUCACAAAGAAAUUCAACGAACACUAUAAAACAUUUAACUCUGACAAAAUAAGAGAUUUUACUGAUUCCUUGUUACUAGCAAGAAAAGAAGCAGAACAAGAAGAGAAAGAUGAAGUGUUGUCUCAGUUAACAAACACACAUCUAAGACAAACGCUAAUGGAUAUAUUUAACGCUGGCAUUGGUACAUCAAGAGUAACGUUAUACUUUGCUGUACGAUACAUGGCUGGGUUACCAGAUAUCCAGCGUAAAGUUCAGGAAGAAAUAGACAGAGUUGUUGGAAAUGAUAGACUACCGACGAUUAAAGACAGAGAAAAUCUCAGUUAUACAGAAGCCACCUUACAUGAAGCCAUGAGACUUGGUACAGUUGUUCCCGUAGGUCUGCCUCAUAGUACAAUGUGUGAUUCAAAAGUUGGAGGUUAUGAUGUUCCACAGGAUACAGUCGUUAUGAUUAAUCACUGGGCACUUCAUCACGAUCCUAACUAUUGGAAAGACGUUGAGAAAUUUGAUCCGACACGCUACCUCGACGAAAAUGGAAAGCUUGGUAUGAAACCAGAAAGCUGGUUACCAUUUUCUGCAGGGAGACGUGUAUGUCUAGGAGAAGUGGUAGCUAAACCAGAACUUCAUUUGAUUUUUGCAACGAUAAUGCAAAGGUUCAAGAUUACAUUACCCGAAGGAACCAAUCCGGAAUUGAAAUUAGGCGGAUCUAGUAGUAAUACACAACCUGCUCCGUUCAAAAUCAUUGUUGAAGACAGAAUAAAUACAUGAAGAUGAAUCAAUCUUAACUGAUGAUCAGAAUCUAUAAUGAUAUAAACAAUGAAAAUAUAAUCAU